AUGCCCCCCCCCGUGGUUGUCUUUGAAAGAUUGCUCCUGGAAAAGACCCAAGAAAUGUUUCUCCUGGAUUGGAGAGUAUUUCUCCUGGUGGCCUUAGUGAAUCCCACCGUGGAAUCCGAGAACCCUCCCAAUGGUAACCAAGCUCUCCUCAGCAUUCUUCAUUUCCAAAGCCACAAUAUUUGGACCAAAGAUCUCUUCAACAAAAUCAUGGCACAUUGCCAAGCUCAGAACUUUGCAGUUACUUACAGCAGUUUACAGGUGGAAUCCAUCUCCAAUUAUUUUGAGCAUCUUUUCCACAACCCCAGAAUGUCCCUUUCAAUCUUCCGGGACAUGAGCCCUGAGGAUUUUCAAACAGGCAUGAAGUACCUCUUUGGAAGGACCCAGAAGUAUUUGGAACUGGGAAAUAUCCUGAUUGACCUACAUGGAAUAAGGAAGAAAUUUUUCCAAAGUCCUGGAGGGAACCGUACCUUGGUCCUUGUUACGUUAGAAAAAUGCUUUGUGCUCCUCAGUUCGGCUGAAUGUGUGGACAUCUUAAGCCAGGUCCUUCAAGCUUCUUCGGCCACGUAUCUCCAAGCCCACAACGUGGCAAGCUUCCCUCAAGAUCUUCAGAAAGAGGCUUUCCGGAAUCUGUCAAUAGUCUUCAAAGACCUGUACGACAGACUAACCGCAAGUACUCAAAGGGCCAUAUACAAGUGGAUGAUGCAGAACUUACAAACAUUCCAUAAUGCCAGCGACAAUUCCACGUCUUGGGUCAGCGCUGAAAACCUGUGGAUUCUCGGGAGGUAUAUGGUUCACCUUCCCCUUGAAGAAAUCAAGAAAAUUCACCUGUAUGAAAUGUGGCUGUUUGUCAGCUAUGACAAUGCAACCAAGCAACUGGAUAUGGUGUACGAUAUCACGCCCAAUCUUGCCCAAGCUUUCCUGGAAAGAAUCAACACAUCUGGCUUCGAUAUGAGGAACAUAUCCACUUUGUACAGGCUGGGUUUGCUGGUUUGUUUCUACCAUGAUUUGGCAGAGAUGGAUUCCACCAUGGCUCGGGCCUUGCUUCACCAGAUGAUGAAAUGUCACCAGUUGAGAAGUUUCCAGGCCGACGUGCAGAAGCUGAAGUCCCAACUUCUCAACGUUGCCGUCCAAAACCAGACUUUGAAUGACAUCCUCGGCGCCCUCUCAGAUGCUGUCGUGGGGCUGGCCACGAGCCAACUGGAAUCUCUCUCCCCCCGAGCCGUGCAUUCUGCCAUCUCCACUUUAAACCAAGUCUCCAGAUGGGCCAAGAGCCAAACCAUCAUUCUAGCCAGCAAAUACCUGCUUUAUGAAAAGGCAUUGUUGUUCCACAAUGUUAGCCAAAUGGGGGCUUUGGCGCCUGGCAUUGACACCCUGUCCUUCUACAAUAUGAACCCCAAUGAACUCUCUCAGGCCAUCCAGAGUGUCUUGACACAGCGGGCAAUGGAUUUGACCCCGGCUCAAAGACAAGGAAUCUUUCGGAAGAUCCUGGCAUCUUCGCCGCUCUCGUCGGUCCUCCCUGAUCUGCCUAGUGCCUUUUUUACCGAGGUCUCCCUGUUUGACUUAUGGAAAGCAGGCAGCCUCAAUGCGUCGCUGGUGAAAAAUAAAGAGCUGAGGACCAGCCAGGCUUUGUUUCUGUACGAAUUGUUGUCAAGGAAGACCUCCCUGUCUGAUCUCUUAAGUAAUGAACAGCUGUUGAAAGGACUGACCUGCUGGCAUAUUGAGAAUUUGAGUGCAAUCACUUUUUUGAACAUUUUCCAUAUAUUUGAAAAGCAGCUUCAUUUGCUGUCCCCCUUCCAGCUCAAUUGUCUGGCUUGGAAAUUCUGGACAAUUUCUGAAGCGUCCCUCCCUCCCUACCUCUUAGCUGUGCUUCCUGCUGAGUUCCUGGAAUCUGUCACGGGAUCCCGCUGUGUCCCUUUUCUAAUCAGUUUGGGAAAGGUGGACCUCGAUCAUCUCAUUUGGAGCGAGCAGAAGAAAAAAACUCUUCUGCGGAAAAUCCAGCACUGCUUAGAAGACUCGGUGGCCGAUGAAUAUACCGUGGACGUGUUGGGCAACCUCCUUUGCCAUUUGUCCCCCGCAUUCAUCUGCGAGGGGGUCUCCCCAGAAGCGAUGACCGUGAUCCUCCACCGAUACGGCCAGUGCCCCCAUCUCAGCUACGAGCAGAAGAUGGAAAUUAAGCAGAGGCUGAUCGAAUCGCUUGGAAGUCCAGCCCAACUAUCUAAUUCUACGUCGGACUGUGAAGGUGUCAUGGCACCCUCUUCGGAUGAGAUUAUAACAUUAUCGGAAGCAAACAUCUUUUGGUCUGCCCGGGAACUGAGCUGUAUGGAAAGCAGGACGUUUGCCCAAACUGUGGAAAUCCUUGGCUCAGUCCGUCGUUUUAACACCUCGCAGCUUGCUGUCUUGAAGGAAAAAGCUAAGCAG